UUUGCGGAAUGUAUUCAGCUAAUAGUGGCAGACGUCAUGAGAGAAGGUUCGACACAAACAGACCUGAAUUAUAUGAGGAGGUGAAGUUGUUCCGAAAUGCUCGUGAAAGGGAAAAGUAUGACAACAUGGCUGACUUGUUUGCGCUUAUCCAAACACUACAGUGCCUGGAAAAAGCUUACAUUAAAGAUGCUCUUACAGCUAAAGAAUACACUGAGGCGUGCUCCAAACUUUUAGCACAAGUCAGCGCAGCAUUCAACCUGGUUAAAUCGAGUGCCUACCCAGACAUACCAACAUUUAUGAAGGAGUAUUACUUGGACUGUCCUGCAGCGUUACAGCGAAUUGAGGAGGGCAAGCCAAUCACUAUACAGGAUAACCAAGGAAAUAUCAGCAAGAGUAUAGCUGAUGUGAUAUCUUUGUACAUCACUCUGUGUGACAAACUUCAAAUGGAUAUGAGAGCUAAGGAUGAGCUGUACACCGAUUUGAAAUGCUUGGCAGAUGUUCUAGACCGGAUGAGUAACCUACCGUCCGACUUUGAUGGCACGAAGAAAGUAUAUUUCUGGGUUGGGGAACUGGACAAGUUGUCUGCAGCAGAUACGCUAGAUGAAGAGCAGGUCAGACAGAUGGUAUUCGACCUGGAGUCCAGCAGGGAAGCAUUCGUCCGAACACUUGGAUAGGAACUGGGCUUGCUGAAACUUACAGAUAUUAUUCUUUGUUUCAUAUGAACAUAACUUCAUAGUUGAUCGCUUGGAAAUUCGAUGAAUUAUUUUAUUGAUGUUCCCUUAUAUGAUAAAUUUCGAUUAGACUCUGUGAAGAUUACCAGAGAAAGUUUGAUAUUGAAUCCUGAAUCAAAGUUAAUCGCAGUGUUCGAACUUUAAUCAUUUAUUUUGUCGUUCAGAGCCUUACAGAAUUACAACCUCUCAGGUCCUUUUUGUACACUGAUCAGACCUUGCAUAAUUAAUUUUUUAGAUCUGAAAUUGAAGCUACGUUUUUAGGAUACUGGGUAUUAGGUUGCAAUAUGUUAGCAUUUCAAAUACCUAACACUGAUUUUAAAGGUGUAUUUUAAAUGGGCACUUUUUGAUAAAAUGAGAAAUGUAAUUUUACCAAAUGUUGAACUCGAUAACAAUUGUACAAUUUUGUUCAAUAUUGUUGUAUUUUGUAAAUAUUUAUGUUCUGAUUUUA